ACUUUUUAGAAUUUUACUCCCAAUUCCAAAUUAGAUCGACCACCUGUCCCUUGUUCCUCGUAUCGUACACUGGCCGGUCGACCAACUCCGACGCCACCAUUCCAGUCGGCCAUUGGAGAACCUUGCCUCUGUCCGCCAGCCAUAUUACCCACACAGCUGCUUCACACCUAAUCAAGAACGCAUUGACAGCGUCAAUCGAGGGGAAAGAAGCAGGCCAGGAAUAGAAAACAAGUCAUCAUCCAAUUCUGGCCCAGCAUUGGUUGAAGUCUACAAAGGUUGUAAAAGUUGUAAUCCUCUGUGGUCUGGGCCAGUCGCUUGGGCGUAAUCUCCUGGAGUUUAUAAUGCAGCCAUGGACACAGGUUUAGAGUAAGCAUAUAUGCCGUAGAUGGCGUCGCGUUGAGGAAUGGAAUUUUUUGGAAGUGUUUCUGUUGUUGCCGUUGGGAUUCUUGGAUCAUUGUUAUGUUGUGUACGAGUCAAUUACUAGCUUCUUCUGGGAAUUCUGAACAAAGAUAAACUGCAUAGGUAUUAAAGAGAUGGAACUGCGAAUGAAAGUCACUCAAGCAGUUCACGUCCUAAAUCAUGAUACCCAAUCUUGCAACCGUGUGGCAGCAAAUCAAUGGUUAGUUCAGUUUCAGCAGACAGGUGCUGCUUGGGAAGUUGCCACUGCCAUCCUUACCUCCGAUCAUGUUCAACAUCCGCUGUCCUCCUUUGUCCCUGAUUUGGAAGUCGAGUUCUUUGCUGCUCAGAUUCUUAAACGCAAGAUCCAGAAUGAAGGCUAUCUUUUACAAUUAGGAGUAAAGGAUGCUCUACUAAACGCUCUUCUUGUGGCUGCCAAAAAGUUUAGUUCAGGCCCUCCUCAGCUUUUAACUCAAAUCUGUCUUGCACUCUCUGCGCUUAUUCUGAGAACAGUAGAGCAUGGGAAACCCAUUGAUCGGCUUUUCUACAGUCUUCAGAAUCUGCAGAGUGUGGACAACGGCAAUUUGGCAGUUUUGGAGAUGCUUACUGUUUUACCUGAAGAAGUCGUUGACAGCCAAAAUGUUGAUUGUAAAAUAAGUUCAUCCUGUAGGAGCCAAUAUGCUCGAGAGCUUCUGUUGCACACUCCUAUGGUUCUUGAGUUCCUAUUGCAGCAAUCUGAGGAAGGGUUUGAUUGUGGGACACAGCCGCAGGAAAAGAACAGAAAAAUUCUUCGAUGUUUGCUGAGUUGGGUGCGUGUUGGGUGCUUCUCUGAGAUACCUCAAGGUUCAUUGCCGACACAUCCGCUUCUUAAUUUUGUGCUCAAGUCCUUGCAGGAUGUAGCUUCAUUUGAUUUGGCUAUUGAAGUUCUUGUUGAGCUUGUGAGUAGACAUGAGGGGUUACCUCAGGUCUUGCUGUGCAGAGUACAUUUUCUUAAGGAAAUGCUUCUUUUGCCUUCUCUUAGUAGUGGAGAUGAGAAAAUAAUCGGUGGUCUUGCAUGCUUGUUCUCAGAAGUUGGGCAAGCGGCACCAUUCUUAAUUGUAGAAGCCAGUGCUGAAGCCCUUUCUCUAGCUGAUGCUCUCUUGAGUUGUGUGGCUUUUUCAAGUGAAGAUUGGGAGAUUGCUGACUCGACAUUGCAAUUUUGGUCUUCUCUUGCGAGCUAUAUUCUUGGCCUUGAUGAGAACAAUUUGGCAAAUAGGAAACAUGUGGAAGAUGUAUUUCUAUCUGUAUUUUCAGCACUGCUUGAUGGGCUUCUAUUACGUGCUCAGGUGGUUGAAUCUGCUUUCAAUGAGGAAAGAGGAAUGAUAGACCUCCCUGAUGGUCUUAUCCAUUUUAGAAUGAAUAUCGUUGAGCUUCUGGUGGAUAUUUGUCAAAUUUUAAGGUCUUCCAGAUUUAUGGAAAAGCUCUUCUUCAGUGGUUGGACCAACGGUAAUGUACCAAUUCCUUGGAAGGAAGUGGAGAGCAAAUUAUUUGCUCUUAAUGUGGUUGCUGAGGUAGUCCUACAGGAGGGUCAAAGCUUUGAUUUCUCUGUUAUCACGCAACUGGUGACCAUGCUGUCAGCUAGACCUUCAAAUGAGAUCAAAGGCGUGAUGUGCCUUGUUUACAGAUCCUUGGCAGAAGUUGUUGGAUCUUACUUUAGGUCAAUAUCUGCCUUUCACACCGAUGCCAGACCCUUACUAUUAUUUCUUGCUACUGGGAUCACAGAAUCUGUCUCUUCACAUGCUUGUGCCUUCGCCCUCCGUAAAAUUUGUGAAGAUGCAACUGCCGUAAUAUUUGAACUGCCAAAUUUGGAAAUUUUGAUUUGGAUCGGAGAGAGUCUGGAGAAGUUGCAUUUACCUUUGGAGGACGAGGAAGAAGUAGUGAGUGCUGUAAGUUUGAUUCUUGGUUCGGUUCCUAAUAAAGAACUGAAGAGUAACUUGUUGGCUAGAUUGCUUUCAUCAAGCUAUGAAGCAAUUGAGAAACUAGUUGAUGAAGAUAAUGUACCAUCUCUGAGACAAAAUCCAGCUACUUACACGAAAAUCUUAACCUCUGCUGUGAGGGGCCUGUAUAGGAUGGGUACUGUAUUUAGCCAUCUAGCCACGUCUUUGUCAACUGAGCCUACUCUGGAUGAUCCUAUGUUUUCUUUGUUGAUAGUUUUCUGGCCAAUGCUAGAGAAACUUCUAAGGUGUGAACAUAUGGAGAAUGGUAAUCUCUCUGCGGCAGCUUGUCGUGCUCUAUCUCUAGCCAUCCAGUCUUCAGGUCAACACUUUGUUGCAUUGCUGCCGAAAGUCUUAGAUUGCUUAUCGACAAAUUUUGUUUUGUUCCAUGGUCAUGAAUGUUACAUCAAAACAGCUUCAGUUAUUGUUGAAGAAUAUGGCCAUCAAGAAAAAUUUGGGCAUUUGUUUAUCACCACUUUUGAAAGGUUUACUUAUGCAGCAUCCGUAAGUGCUAUUAAUUCCUCGUACAUAUGUGACCAAGAACCUGAUCUAGUGGAGGCUUACACAAAUUUUGCAUCAAUUUUUCUCCGAUGCUCUCACAAGGAAAUAUUAGCUGCAUCUGGUUCUCUUUUGGAGGUUUCAUUCCAGAAGGCUGCUAUAUGUUGCACAGCCAUGCAUCGUGGAGCAGCAUUAGCAGCAAUGUCAUACCUAUCUUGUUUCUUGGAUGUUAGUCUAGCAUCAAUGUUAGAAUUUGCAAGUACCAAUUCUGAGGGAUCAUUCAAUUCUAUGGUUAUUCGCGUCCUAUCCCACAGCGGCGAGGGACUUGUAUCGAAUAUUCUGUAUGCUUUGCUCGGUGUUUCAGCGAUGUCACGGGUUCACAAGUGUGCAACAAUUCUGCAACAAUUGGCAGCAAUCUGCAGUGUAAGUGAAAGAACGGACUUGAAACCUGUCCUGCGCUGGGAAUCUUUGCAUGGCUGGCUACUAUUAGCGGUGCAGGCUCUCCCACUUGAAUAUUUGAAACCAGGGGAAGUAGAAACCCUUGUGCCACUAUGGUUAAAGGCUCUUGGAGAUGCAGCCCGUGACUACCUUGAAAGUAAAAGUUGCGAUGAAGCAAAGACUAAUUAUGGACAUAUGCAAGGGAAGGGUGGAAGAGUUCUGAAGCGUCUAGUUCGUGAAUUUGCUGAUGGUCAUCGCAAUAUACCAAAUGUGACUUAAUUGCUGCAUGCCAUCUAUACAUCAUUAGAGGAUCCCCAGCUCUUAGCUUUUCUGAUUAUGGCCGCUUCUGUUGUUGGGAUGCAUUUGGCAGUUGAAAGUUCAGGCUGGUUUGGAAGCUUUUGGUCAAUCUUGGGCAAUGGCAUGCAUAAUUUAUAACAAUCCUCUGUAGCUACUUUUUUCUUCUUAUUUUUCUUUUUUGUACAGUGCCGUAUUUAAAUUUGUCAAUUCGCCAAAGGUUGAAAUUUUGUUCAUAUCAUUCAUUCUUUUCUGCCUUUCAAGCUCAGGUCAGAAUUUUGUGGCUAGUGGAGAUGAUAAAGUAGUAAUUGGUUACUCGCACUCUUGAGGAAUGAAAAGAUGAACCAGAACCACAUUAUUUAUUGGUAAGGAAAACCUUUUGCAGAAACUAAAAACCACUUAGCGUUAAUUGGACGAAUUCCUUGGAUGAAAGCAACGUUUUGGUGAUGAAAAGAGGUGAUGAUCCUGCUUCGUCUAUUUCUUUUACUAGAGAAAUGACGGUUAAUAAGUUUGGUUGUAAUGAAGUAUUUAACAUUCUAAUGUUCUAAAUUUUAGCCCAGUUGGGAGAAUUUUCGUUUCUUUUUUUCUUUUUACCCAAGUGUAGCCAUGGUAAUUGGUUAUUAUAGAGGCUUUACAAUGUACCGAAUUGAUCGUGUUUGGAUAAAUAAUGUUCUUAGAAUUCUAGUCUGCAUAUUGUGGGAGAAA